AUGGUUCAUCUUGCUUCUGCCGUUACUGCCGGCCUCAUCGGCCUGGUCUCGGUUGCUGCCGCCCAUCCCGGCCACGAUCACAAAGCCGAGGCUGCUGAACGCCGCGCCUUCAUGCGAAAUGCUCCAAUUCAAGCGCGCAGCUUGUCUCAGUGUGCCUCCAAGCUCAAGGCCCGCGGUCUCGAGGCCAAGAAUGUCGCUCGUCGUCAACACGCCGUUAAGCAAAUCCGCCGCCGCCGUGGUUUGAACACUGAUGCCCAUUUCCUCAAGGCGCGUGAUCUGGAUACCCUCCUCAACGUCUCUCACGCCUCCAACUUGACCGGCGUGACUCCAUCCACUGAUGCCUCUGUCCUGUUUGGUUCUGAGGCUACCUGCAUUCUGGCCCCUGAUGUCACUCAGGGCCCUUACUACGUGAGCGGUGAGCUCAUCCGCGAGAAUAUCGUCGAUGACCAGGAGGGUGUUGCUCUGUACAUGGACAUCCAGCUCAUUGACACCAACACUUGCGACCCCCUGCCCAAUGUCUACAUGGAUCUCUGGCACUGCAAUUCCACCGGUGUCUACUCCGGUGUCGUGGCCAGCGGCAACGGUGACUCUUCUGAUGCCACCAACCUGGAUGCUACUUUCCUCCGUGGAAUCCAGCCUAGCAACGACGAGGGUGUCGUUCAAUUCCAGUCUAUCUUCCCCGGCCACUACACUGGCCGUGCUACCCACAUUCACGUCUUGACCCACCCAGCCAAUGAGACCACCGUUCUCAAGAACAACACCAUCAGCGGCCUCUAUUCCUCCAAGACCUCGCACGUCGGCCAGCUCUUCUUCGACCAGGACCUCAUCACCAAGGUCGAGAAGACUUCUCCAUACUCCACUAACACCCAGGACCUGACAACCAACGCCGAAGACAGCAUCCUCUCUGAGGAGGCUGACACCAUCGAUCCCUUCAUGGAGUACGUUCUGCUCGGUGACAACGUCUCGGACGGUAUCUUUGCCUGGAUCUCUGUCGGUGUUGAUAGCACUGAGGAUACCAGCGUUAACGCUGCUGCUUACUACACUGAGCAGGGUGGUGUUGAGAAUGAGAGCUCCGGUGGUUCUGGCGGUGGCUCUGCUCCUGGUGGCUCCUCUUCUUUCAGCGCCCCUGGUGGCCGUCCCACCUUCGCUUGA